UAUUGGUUAGUGCGUUCAAAUUUUUAAAACCAUGUGAUAAUGAAUUAAAUAGUUAAAAAUAUAUAUAAUGUUUAUUCUAAUGUACAUUACAAAAUACAUGGAUGAAUUGAGUAGGUGUGUAUGGAAUUGUUAUGCCACAGGCUUGUGCAAUAAACGAGCAAAAACAAUGUGCGUGGUGAAACCAGCCCGAAAUGUAAACUCGAGACACGAACUGUUAUCGCAGCCACGAUGCUGAAUCCGUCAAAUAUAAUCACAAUGCAAAAUAUAAAUAGCAGAUAAGGUGUUGCUCUCCCUGAAAUAGGACCAGUACCACUAGCUCUGAAAGGUCUCAUUAAAAAAUAUUUUCAUAAUUAUUCCAAUAACAUUUAGCUUCAAAAACAAAACGCAACUAAAUAAAAAAUAAAGAUUUCGUUGAAAAAAAGAGAAAAUAUUUGAAUAAUAUGUCUAACUUAAAUACCAUUAUCCAAACACGUGCUACCUACUGUUUCAUACAUGAUUCAAUAUAGUGGACUUAAAAGCAGCAGAUAGAGUCCAAGGAAAGCAACUCAGUGAAAUUGCCGUUUUUUUCCUCCUCUCGAAAUACGUAGGUGUACUUCCGCUCCUCGAUAUACUGCUACUACCUGUACUUUUUACUCGUAUAUAGCACCCGGGGAGGAAUUUGUUUUCGAUAAACUGGCAAGCGGUGACGCAUCAGACGGCGAUUGGACAUCUUGGUUUCAACUCCUCCCUUAUAAUAAAGAGUGGGUGUGUGCGCGUGUGUGUGUGUGUGUGUGCGUCUCCGGUUGUAAAACACAGCAACACCGGGUGUCUGCGUCUGGAGGGAACACUCCACUCUGCGCAAUUACGCGGACUCCUAACUGGCACGGGGAUCAGAGAAAAACUCGAAAAGGUAUUCUUCGGGCGACUGAACCUCGCAAGGGUAGAAAUGGACUUUUGAACAGGCCGUCCUGACUGAUUCGAGGACUUAGCAUCGUGCACUUCAAUGCGGUUUGCGGUACAGCAGCAGUGCACGUUAUAAUAUGAUUAUAACGCAUGUGCUCUGAGCGCUGCUUUAAAUAGUUGUCUUAUAAAUAGACCCUUUUUUUCUUUUUAAAUAGCGUUCUUUCUUCUCUAAAAUUGGCUCCCAUACAAACAGCCGCGUUGGAUCCCUCGGCUUACUGCGAGACUCCGGUGUACAACCCGGAUCUCUGCCCAAACAUGAUAGCCGCCCAGGCGAAGUUGGUGUACCACCUCAACAAAUACUACAACGAGAAAUGCCAGUCUCGAAAAGCCGCCAUCUCCAAGUCCAUCCGGGAGGUGUGCAAGGUGGUGUCGGAUGUCCUGAAGGAGGUCGAGGUGCAGGAGCCGCGCUUCAUCAGCUCCCUCAGCGAGAUGGAUAAUCGUUUCGAGGGACUGGAGGUCAUUUCACCCAACGAGUUUGAGGUUGUGCUCUAUCUCAAUCAGAUGGGAGUGUUCAACUUCGUGGACGACGGCUCUCUGCCGGGCUGCGCCGUGCUCAAGCUCAGCGACGGCCGCAAGAGAAGCAUGUCCCUCUGGGUCGAGUUCAUAACAGCCUCCGGUUACCUCUCGGCGCGCAAGAUCCGCUCGAGAUUUCAGACGCUGGUGGCGCAGGCGGUGGACAAAUGCAGCUUCAGAGACGUUGUCAAAAUGGUCGCUGACACGAGCGAGGUGAAGUUGCGCAUCAGAGACAGGUACGUGGUGCAAAUCACGCCGGCGUUCAAGUGCACCGGGAUCUGGCCGCGCAGCGCUGCGCACUGGCCUCUCCCCCACAUCCCCUGGCCGGGACCUAACCGAGUGGCGGAAGUCAAGGCGGAAGGUUUCAAUCUGUUAUCCAAGGAGUGCUACUCCCUGAACGGCAAGCAGAGCUCGGCGGAGAGCGACGCCUGGGUCUUGCAGUUUGCCGAGGCCGAGAACCGGCUCAUCCUGGGCGGGUGCAGGAAGAAGUGCUUGUCGGUCCUCAAGACGCUGCGCGACCGUCACCUGGAACUGCCCGGAACACCGCUGAACAACUACCACAUGAAGACUUUGGUUUCCUACGAGUGCGAGAAGCACCCGAGGGAGUCGGACUGGGACGAGAACUGCCUCGGCGACCGCCUCAACGGGAUACUAUUGCAGCUCAUUUCGUGUUUGCAGUGCAGAAGGUGCCCGCAUUAUUUCCUGCCGAAUUUAGACCUGUUUCAAGGAAAGCCUCACUCUGCUCUAGAGAAUGCAGCCAAGCAGACCUGGCGACUGGCAAGAGAGAUACUGACCAACCCCAAAAGCUUGGAGAAACUCUGAGGUAAAAAAAAAAAAAAAAAAAUGCGUUUAGUUCACCUCGUCUUAAAACAUUGUGGUGAAGCGGCCUAACGAGCUCUUAAACGUACAGAAAAUAUAAGCAAGCCAAUUUGUAAAGUCUUUAUGGUGAAAUGCGACUGUCCUCUGUUGGGAUUUGGCCAAGCCUGUUUCAAGAUGAUUUUUUUGCGACCCUUGAGUUUUCCAUUUACCCCGUGCUCCUUUUGGUGGUGUCAAUAUUUAGAAACAAAUUUAAAUUAUUGGCGAACAUUAAUUCAGGAGGGCACCAGUGGUUUAUUUUCUCUCUCUGCCACAUGGUUUCCUAAAUUCUACAUUUCCUUAAUUAAAUGCUUUAAAAUAAAGCAAACUGACAAGCCUUUGGGAAAAAAGUACAAAUACGCAUAUGUACAUUUUAUACUGUAAAUAUAUUCAUAGAUUGUGAUUCAAGUGGUCUGAAAAUUGUGAGUGUUGUUCUGUGACACGUAAAUAGGAUCCACCUGUUUAAAUCUACUUCUGAACUUUUUCUUUAUCUGUUAGACCCGUUAUUAAUUUAUACUUGCAUCAGUGGUAGUCUGACAUUGUCUAAUUUUUGAAAGUUUACAUUUUGAUAGGCGUACAACAUUUGCCACAUUGAAAACAUUCCAUCUAUUUACUUGAAAUAUUAUUUAAAGUACUCAGACAUGUUUGGUUGUUGUUUAUCUCUACCAUGCUUAGGCCUACAUGAAAAAAGAUCAUAUAUAUAUAUAUAUAGUAUAUAUAUAUAUAUAUAUUACAGUUUUAAUUGAAAAAAAUGCACUUGAAAUACACUGGAUUAUAACAUCUGUGAUCUGAUUUUUUUCUGUCUUUGAUUUAAUUUAAAGAGCUAAUAAAACAAGCUGUUUUUAUGUUCGU